AAUCGCCUGCGAACAAGAACUCGCGCUCUUAUCCUGUACACAACACAACAACCUCAACAACAAAAAUGUCCUCCUCCGAUAAAUCCCUAUAUUAUCCGACAUGCUCCUCUUCCUGAUCUUCCUCAACCUCGUAUCUCGGAUCGGCUAACUCCACUUCCUACGCCGAUCCACUCCUACUGGCCGUCCUUCCUUUUCAACGUCUUCUUCUUCGUCUUCGCGCUCCGACUCGGUAACUCGGUUUAAGGAUGGACCCGAUGGACAUCGUCGGGAAGUCCAAGGAGGACGCUUCGCUUCCGAAAGCAACCAUGACCAAAAUCAUUAAGGAAAUGUUGCCCCCAGAUGUUCGCGUUGCAAGAGACGCUCAGGAUCUUUUGAUAGAGUGUUGUGUAGAGUUUAUAAACCUUAUUUCAUCAGAAUCUAAUGAAGUUUGUAGCAGAGAAGAGAAAAGGACUAUAGCACCUGAGCAUGUUCUUAAGGCGUUAGAGGUUCUUGGCUUUGGCGAGUACGUUGAAGAAGUUUAUGCAGCAUACGAGCAACACAAGCUUGAGACAAUGCAGGACCUAAGAAGUGGCAAAUGGAGCAAUGGAGCAGAGAUGACGGAGGAAGAAGCAUUGGCUGAGCAGCAGCGGAUGUUUGCUGAGGCACGCGCGAGGAUGAAUGGAGGGACCGCUGCACCCAAGCAACCAGAACCUGACCAAACUUUAGAGAGCUAACUUUAGAAUUAGGAUCUUUAGUUUCCAUGAACUAUAGGCAAGCAUCUGAGACUUCCAUUUUGUGCUUCUAAUAUCUCUGAUGUUAUGUACAAAAUCAUUGACUAGUUUGCUCGCCUAUGUUAAUAUGUACUUCGAUAUGUAUUCGUAUUGUUGGAUCCCUGUCUAUAAAGGUAGUGUAAGUAACUAGUAAGCGUUUGUUGGAAUUCACCUGUUAGAAAAUGUAUGUAAAUUAUUUCUUUUAGGUCUUAUUUAAGGGGCCACUUUGGGUCAUUGUCCUUCUUUUU